GGAUUAUCAGGAGGCCAUGUUGGAUUUACAGGGUCAUCUGAUUUUUUGACCAAAACCCCCAGUGAUGGACCCCCUGAACAGAGCUCAAGUGCUUCUCCUCUGUGACGUGUGUCAAAGAGCUGCAUUACAGAGUCAUUGUGAACUUUGUCAGAUUAACCUGUGUAAGGCCUGUGUAGGGAAGCAUCUCUCUGAUUCAUCUAAAAGACACAACGUUGUGCCAUACAAACACAGAAAAUCUACCCCUAACAUUAACUACCCAAAAUGUCCAAACCACACCCAGAAACAUUGUGAACUUUACUGUGAGAAAUGUGACAUUCCUGUCUGUUCUACCUGCAUCUCCUCUGGGAAACAUCAUGGUCAUGAAUUCAAAUAUAUCUUGCAGAAACCAAGCUUUAUGAAAGAAAUUUUUAAGACAGAUCUAAAAGAACUAGAAAAAAGAAUAUUACCUACUUAUGAAGAAAUUUCAUCAGAUCUAUACUCUGAAAAAGUAAAGUUGGAAAAGCAUUAUGAGAAACUGACAUCAGCUGUCACCAAACAAGGAGAAGACUGGCACAGAGAAAUUAACAUCAUUGUCAACAAACAGAAAUCUGAAAUUGAUGAGAUGAAAUCUAAACACCUGGCUGCUCUAAAUAAACAGGAAAGAGAAAUCAAACAGAGUACUUCUGAUGUAAAACAGAGCAUAGUUGAUCUGAAGAAAAUACUGGACUCCGAUGAUGUCUCCCUAACCUCUGGGUACAAAUCUAGAAAUGCUGAAUUCAGAAGUUUACCUCCUAAAGUCAAUGUUCCAUUACCAAGUUAUUCUCCUCAUCAGAUCAACACAGAACAGCUCCAUCAAAUGUUUGGUUCCCUGUCAGCAUUAUUCAUUACAACAGAAGAACAUGGCUACACAAUGAAGACACCAGAAGCUGUAUCCUGUCCUCCAGUCAAACCACUGAUUGAUGAACCAGAGCUCAUCACCACCAUAGACACCGGGUAUAAUCAUCUAUACAGUGUUACCUGUCUGAGUGAUGAUGAAAUCUGGACAGGUGGAGGAGACGAAAUCAUGAAACUCUACAACCUUCAGGGUAAACUACUGAAGUCAAUCCAAACCAAGUCAGGGUACAUACCACGUGACAUAGCAGUGACAAGGAGUGGAGAUCUAGUAUAUACCGACCCUAAUACAAGAACUGUAAACAUAGUGAAGGAUGACCAGAUACACGAAGUGAUCAGAUUGCAAUGGUGGAGACCUCUCAAUGUCUGUAGUACCUCCUCUGGUGACCUCCUGGUUACCAUGGACAGUGAUGAUGAUAAACAAUCAAAAGUUGUCCGUUACUCUGGCUCAACAGAGAAACAAAACGUUCAGUUUGACAGUGAAGGUAAACCUCUGUAUUCAUUUGAUUACUUUAGUAAACACAUCAGUGAGAACAGGAACCUGGAUAUCUGUGUGACUGACAAUAGAGCCAAAGCAGUAGUGGUGGUUAAUCAGGCAGGAAAACUCCGCUUUAGAUACACUGGUCAUCCCUCUACUAACAAGAGACCAUUUGGUCCAGUCAGUAUUACAACAGACAGCCAGAGUCAGAUCCUGACAGCAGACUGUGAUAACAACUGUAUCCACAUCCUAGAUCAGGACGGACAGUUCCUCCGUUACAUUGAUAACUGUGAUCUACAGCGUCCAUGUGGUUUAUGUGUAGACAACAGAGACAACCUCUUUGUGGCUGAGUGUUACAGUGUUAAGGUUAAGAAAAUUAAAUACAUGUAAAAGAUUGUAUUUUAAAUAAUGACUUAUUUGUGAGAGAGACUUUUUCCAAAAUCACAAGAAUAUAUAGUUUGAUUCAGGUUCAGUUUCUCGUGUUCAUAUGUUUGUGUAAAAUAAUUCAAUACCGGUAAUAAUAUUAUCAAUAAGGUAUAAAAUAUAAAUUAUAAUUCAUAAACAAUUUUGAAACGACUGCUCAAUAAAGACCCAACAUAAGAAGAAACUUUGAAUAUCUCAUGAAAAUACUAUUUCCUGUGGUUUCAUCAAUUUUCGUUGCCAUCAUGGAUUUUGUAAAAAAGACGUUUUCAAGGAUACACAAUUUUGAGGACUAAAUCGAUCAUUGCCUAUCCAAAUAAAUAUUGUAUUUCUCAAUUCAAAGAACAUUGAAUUUCAUGGAUCUGCUCAACAACAAAUUCUUCAAAAAUUGGUGCUCAACAAAUAUUGAUAAAACCACAGUAUAUUUGUGAGCAUGAAGAAAGAAAAAAUAUCAUUUUGUACAUUUUUAUCAAUUUGACCCUCUAGCUAUCAUGCACUGCACACUGUGGAGUUCUGAUUAUACUGGACUAGAAUAAUAUGCCCUUUGAUCUAAAUUAAAUCUAAAUCCUUUUAA